AAUGGGGUUAGCUUUGAAAUCAAAACAUGUAGCGCUACGGGUGUCGGGUCGGAAGCAUUGUUUGGUUCGUGCGUUUUUUGUUUUUCAACGAGAAGUUAGGUUUGGAAUGGUUAAUUUGAUUGUGUAAAUAGUUGUGUGGAUGUGAAAUGAGUGUGCCAUUUUUUAUUUCGAUGUGUGGAAAUGUGCUGGAAUAUUUUAUUCGUUAUCAUUAACUGACACACAAUUUGUAAAAUGCCUGCUGUAUUUUGAAGAAACUUGCUCGAAGUUGUGGAACAAGAUGGAGGAGUCAAGUAUAUGUUUUAGUACUUCAGAAACAAAUGAUACGAAUGACACUGGCGAAUCAAAUAAUGAAGAUAACGUAUUUGUGCAACAUCGUUCUUGUGUUAAGACUCGAAUAUGUCUUAUUGGAGAUCUUCAAAAUGAUGACAGAAUUGUGGAAGCUGCAAAGACAUUUGAUGUUCCAAUAGUAUUCUCUGAGACUGGAAGUGAAUUUCUAAAUGAUGGAUCUUGUGAUACGAUAUUCGUUACCAGGGAAUUUGGUGGUCCUGUAUUUGAUGCUAUCCAUCAAUCAGAACAAAGACAUUUGAUGUUCCAAUAGUAUUCUCUGAGACUGGAAGUGAAUUUCUAAAUGAUGGAUCUUGUGAUACGAUAUUCGUUACCAGGGAAUUUGGUGGUCCUGUAAUUUGAUGCUAUCCAUCAAUCAGAACAAAGAAUUGUGGGGCCCACCGUGCUUCUGGACUGUGCAGAGAAGAAAGAUGAUAUCCCUAAAAACAGCCGGCCUCAGUAUUGCCGUGCGAUGCUAGGACUAAACAUUUGCUUCACUGGAUUUCGCAAACGUGAAGAUUUGAACCGGCUGAUGCAGCUAAUCCACUUCAUGGGUGGCAGCAUCCGAAAGGACAUGGGCUCCAAAAUUACUCACCUUAUAGCGAACUCGCGAGGAGGAGAUAAAUACCUUUAUGCUGCUACAUUUCGUGUCCCUAUAAUGUCUGAAGCCUGGGUCCAUGCAUGUUGGGAACAAAGAAAUGUUGUUGGGAUGUCAGCUGUCAGCCCUGAGAUGAUGAGUUACAAACACAAGCCAUUCUACAGUGCCUUUGUGAGUUUCUUUGGUUUUCCUGAGGAAGAACGAGAACAUAUGACAGAGGUUUUGCUAGAAAAUGGAGGUGUUGCAGUUGAUUUGGAAGAUCCAACUUGUACACAUGUGGUAGUUGAUGAAUCUGCAGUGCAAAAUGUGCCAGAAAAGACUCCAGCAAAAGCAUUUGUGGUUAAAGUUGAAUGGUUUUGGUCGUCUGUUCAGAAUGAAGCUUGUGCAGCUGAAAAGGAAUAUCUUUUUGAAGAUUACCUGGAGGAACUUAUGAGCCCUCAAGGAAAAAUCAGCAGUAGCCCCCAAAGUGCUUCGUCAGCUUCACGUGCUCGCAAACGCAAGAGGUUGAGGGAUGGGGUGCGCUUGGUUGAGUCACCUUCCAUUCACAAACGAAGAUCAUCCGUCAGUGAUGCUGCAUUUCUUAGCAUGAGUGGCUCUUUCUUGGAUUGUUCUACAAACUCGGAGAAAGGUGCUCUACAGAACUUAGAAUUAGAUUCAUCCAUUGUAACACCACAGAAAGGAGCAAGUCCAAGACAUCAGGUCUUUCUAGAAUUGGUUCAAACAGAACAGAACUAUGUGGGAAUUCUUCACACAAUCAUGAUGUUGUUUAAAGACCCUUUGGAGGAAAUGACUGAAAAAGGUGAUACACUUUUGAAUAAUACGGAACUAAAGAUUAUUUUUGGAAAUUUACCUCCAAUUUAUGAGGUGCACAGCAAUAUGCUGUUAGAAUUACGUGAAACAGCUCUUCAUUGGAAAGAAGAAUCAAGUAUAGGAAAAAUAAUACUCAAAUAUGUUCCAGAACUGACAAGGGCAUACCCAUCAUUUGUCAACUUUUUUGAAAAUACAAAAGAAAUGUUGGUGAAAUGUGACCAAACAAAACCUCGUUUUCAUGCCUUCUUGAAGAUAUGCCAGACACGCCCAGAGUGUGGCCGGCAGAGUCUGCAAGAGCUUUUGAUAAGGCCUGUGCAGCGUUUGCCUAGUAUCAGCUUACUACUUAGUGAUAUCUUGAAGCAUACAUCCAAAAGCAAUGCUGAUCAUUCAGCACUGGAACAAGCUUUGGGUGCUGUUCGUGAGGUAAUGACUCACAUUAAUGAGGACAAGAGGCGAACAGAAGGGCAGCUUGUUAUUUUUGACAUUUUCAAUGAGAUUGAAAACUGUCCACCUUUACUGGUAUCAUCACAUCGAAGCUUCAUUGUUAGGUGUGAUGUCAUUGAGCUAGCUGAUGGUCUUAGUGGUCGAGGAGACUCGCUCGUCUUCUUCCUCUUCUCUGAUACCAUGGAGGUGUGUAAGAAACGUUCAAAAGCGUUUAAAAGCCCAAAUGUUACUGGCAGCUUGCACUCUAUGAAAAUGACAAAACCAUACAAACAUAUCUGUUUGUUACCCUUAUCAACAAUCAAGAGAGUCAUUGACAUCCAAGAAACAAAUGAUUGUCGGAAUGCAUUUUGUCUGCGGUGUCGCAACAAUCAAGAAUUCAGUGAAAGACAAUAUUCCUUUGCAAUGGCGGAUGAAGAAGCUGACAAAAUGUCCUUUCUUAGAACAUUGUGUCGGCAAAUUGCUAACACUGUAUGCAGAACAGACACUGAGUCAUUCUUUAGCACUCAAGAUUCUAGUGCCCUGGAUUUAGAUACAAGUGAUGUUGUAUAUGGAUCCCUCAGUAAAGCAUUCAAGAGAACUAAACAGAAAGUAGGUCGAGCAUUCAGUUUCAACAAGACUCCAAGUAAACUUAAAAGAGCUGUUUCAACAAUGAUGAGCCCGUUUGGUAGUACAUCAAAUCUCACUCCUGCAUCUCAGUUAGCACAAAUGAGACUUGCCUCUUGCAACAAUCUCAAUGAAUUGGGGACAUCUCCUGUUAAAUCUGAAACAUCCUAUGUAGCUCCUAUGUCAGUACAACCAACCCGCAAAAACAAAGCACCACCACUGAAUGUUUCUUCCUUACGAAGAUUAUAACACAGGCUAUAAGGAGGACUGGUGUAUGAAGGGUGAUGAUGUAAGGUGGUUCCUUCCAAGUUACCAGGCCUCUCCAAUUUCAGGACUGUGGUCCAAAGGGAUUGACCCUUCAGUCUCCAAGAACAAACAACUUCUCGUCUUCCAAUUCAGAUCACUGGUUUGUGGUUGUGCUGAAUUUUAGAACAGUUGUGCCUUGUGUGAAGUAUUUUGUUGUGCAAGCAAACAAACAUUUUUCUAAAAAAUUGAGUGAAUAUAUUUGAUAAAACAGGUUUCUCAAACUUUUUUCUGUGAGGUCUGGUUAAAAAUUAUAGUAUUUCCUAAAUCAGUGAUAAUACAUUUAUUAAAAAUUAUACUUUUAUUGAAAUGUACAUAUGUUUAUUAUUGAAAUUAUUUAAAACCUAAUGAGAGAGUAUUGAAUAAAGAAAUGUUAUUUACUUUUUUUAAAGUAGAAGUUGAGAAGCAAGAGUAUCCUUUUCUUUUGAUGUUUGGAAUGCUUUUUGCGAGAAUUUGUACCAGAAUGCAGAACACAGUAUGAGGAACUUUGUGAUAGUUGAUACUCAUUCUUGUACAUAGUGUUGAUAGAGGAAAUAAUAUUAUAUAAUUUUAUUAAUGAAAUAUAUUUUUAAAAAUUUAUCUUUAAUUUUAUUGGCUAAUGGUCUAUCCAAAAGUAGACAUUUAGUGUCAAAACACUGGCAUUACUGUAGAAAAUCUUGAGCAUGCUCCCCAAACUUUUAUUCUAUGUUUUGUUAAAAAGAAGUGUCCUUAUUUUGUGAAAGAAAUCAUCUGCCUUGUUUGAUGGGGAGAUGGCAUUUCUAGAUUUCUGGAAAUAAUCAGAAUCUACAGCUGAAUUUGGUGUAGAUGAAUUUGCAGGAUAUUUUUGGAGAUAAAUUUUCCAAAAAAAUGUAUUCAAGGAUGAAUUUUACUUUGUCUUGUCAUAAUUGUGAAGUGACUCAACUAAAGUGUCACAUCAUAUUUCUGAAAAGUAUUGCAUACAGCCAUCUAUUUUUAUGCUGUACUAAUUUUGCUUACCUACCAAGUUUAGAUUAAUAGCCUCUGAAGUUGUUUGAAGGAGAAAUUAAUAAUCCUUGGCUCUUCUAUGAAAUCGAUAUCAUAACAAUUUAAGUGGCUGGUCCCUUAAAUUGUGGAGAUAUCCUGGGGCAAUGGUGGUUCACGAGUUGACUGUUUUUUACCGAAAUAAUUGCGGACUGUUUGCAAAUAAAUAAGCUAAACAGCUUGUAAAAUAUUUGGUAUUUAUAUUUAAUAAUUGAUAUUUAAACAUGUGACUAUCCUUCCAUGUAUCAGGAAUGAAUAUUCUAAAAGAAUAUCCAACUUCUUCUUGCAUUAUCUAGAGACAAUUAUAACCUUUAUCAUCAUGAUCAUCAUUGUCGGUUAAGUCUAUUGGCCUGUUCCGUCUUCAAGAGUAUCCUUCCAUUGCUUUAUUGGUCUGCCUCUACUCCUCCUGAUCAGGUUGCAGGUCUAGAGAAUUUUUGGCAUUCGAUCUUCCGGCAUUCCCAUGAAAUGUUCAUGCCAAUUCUUUUUUAGUAUGUCUAUAUUUUCAGUUAGGUUCAAGAUCUUUGAUGUUCAAGUUUCUUUUACAGUCCAAUAUAGAAUAGCCUGCUAAAGAUCUACAAAAUCUCAUUUCCGCAGCUUCUAUUUUUCUUUUAUCUGCUCUAUUGAGGACCCAAUUUUCACAUCCAUAGGUUAUCAUUGGUACUGCCAUUGUUUUAUAACAUUUCAGUUGUGUGUCUCUAUGUGCUUUCUGUCCGAGUCUUUUGUAUACUUUAGCCCAUUUUCUGAAAAUUUUGAAUUUUUAUAUAAAGCGGACAUCCCUGUUUGACAGCUUGAUUUACAACUUCAAUCCAUUAUUUCCUGUCCAUACAUAUUUUAGUUUCUGAGUAUUUGCUUCAGAUUAUACUUGUCAUGUGAAUUGGGUAUCUGUUUAAUUUCAUUACAGGCCAUAAUAGGCUCCUGGAGACUCUAUCAAAAGGUUUUUUCAAAGUCUAAGCAGAUUGUAUCAUUCGACCAUUAAUCUUCUAAAAGUUAAUAAACAGGGCUCUCUUUUGAUGUAAAAGUGUUUUAAAAAUAUCCUACACAAGGACUGAAAAAAUUCCUUUUUUCUUGAAACUUUAGGAUCUGCUGGAAUUAGUGCAUUACCAAUGCCUAUCAUUAAUUUUAAAACAUGCACGUUAUUGAAAUGCUGUGUCUGUUUGUAUGGUAUUACAUUUUUCUAUGGUUGCAUAUCCAGAUGCACAUCAAUAUGCAUUUGAGGAAUUGCUUAUUGCUGUGUUUCUACAAGUGUUGAAAAACAUUAAUGUUCCAAUGUUACCUAUUCAUAACCAUAUUUUGUAAUAAAGUUUUCAAAAUAUACCUUAAUGUUAUGAUUGUAAAUGUAAGAUUAAAUUGUAUUUGAAUAUUCCUUUCAAAAAACAAAUGUUCUCUACCAAUAUAAAUUCUAUGAAGUUUGUUGCAUUUUCAAGUAUAUUUUUCUUCUAUUUAUUCUUAUUUUAAGUCCUUUCAUCAUUUCUGGAUAUGUUGUUGUGUAUCUAGUAACUCAGUAUCAUGUGUUGGUCAGUAAAGAAAUUCCCAACCUGUUAAUUCUAUUGAAAAUUCAAGGUUUGCAUAUGCAAUGCUCAAAAUUCCUGAGCCUCCACUGUUUCUGGAUAGCAAGUUGAAUAGAUCCUACGGGUUGCAUGGGGCAAUAGUUACGAAACGGCUUUAUUUCCUAGUUAACCAAGAUAUUCUUUUUUCCAUCUUCUAACUAUUCUAGCCAUUCCAUCUUGUAACUAUUGCCAGAUGGUAUCCAGCAGUGAAUAUUUGACUCUCAAUUCAUGAAAAUGCUUGCAUUACUAAUGAAUUUUGAGAACAUGUAGUAUGCAUGUUUCAAAUUAUUCUUUGUCUUCCAUAGAUUCUAACUUUUAUUUAUACGACAUAAAUGAGAAUCUGUUUAUGAGUCUUGGAAGAAACAAUAUUUAAAUUCGUACAGAAAGUUAACAAAAAUUCUUCAGAUAAACAACAAAAAUCACACAAUUGUAUUUGCCUCAUUAAAUGAACACCUGUUUAUCUCAAUUUGCUCAGAAACACUUUUGUCACAUAUUCUAUAACAUCCAGAAGAUAGUGCUUAAAGUGCACGUUACCAAGACUUGAUGCCCUAAGGAUUUUUCCAUGCAUUGCUGGAGUUAUGUUUGGAUUUAACAACGAAAAAUAAAAUGUUUGAGUUGUGGGAAAUGGGGUAUUAUAUUAUGACAGUCCUGUACAGCAAAUGGCUCUACAAUUGCAGCCAACCUCAUCAACCACUUUCCAAACCAGAAGAAUUUCUGUGUAGCACUUAGUCUUGGUAAUGUGCCAAAGCUGCAACAAAAUUGGAAAAUAAAAAACACUUUCUACAUGAAUCUGUGUUACUCAAGACAGAAUGGAAAAAUAACUAUUUAUUACUAAUAUUAUGAGGAACAGACUGCUGUGUGUGUGCUUUUUUGUUUUUUCAACUGAAAUGGUCCAUUCUAUAUAGUAUUUUGUGAGAUGCAUUUAGAGGUACCCUGGAUGGUACCGGAAUGUGCUAUUGGUAGAGAGCAUAAUGCAUUCACCCCAAAAUGACAAGCCCUACUAGGAGGCUUGUCAUUUUGGGAUGUAUCUACAACUCCCCAGGUCUACCGGAGAGUAGUGUGUGGGGUUACACUCAGGGUGGGUGGUGUACAUUUAGAGUACUGAGCUCUUUUAAAUGUAACACCUGAAAAAUCCAUCAAAUUCUUCAUCUCUUAUGAACACCUUCAGAGGCUGUUGGUUUCUUGUAUGAAAAAUGACAUUUUUGUACCAUGUCAAACAGCAAUAUAGCUUUGAUGAAAGGUGAUUAGUCAUUUACUGCAGAUACUCUUUAAAAAUGUAUCUCACCAUGUUAACUACUGUAUUUAUUACUAAUUGCACAUGAUCUUUCUUUUUUUGUAUGCUAUUCUGUUUAUACUGAGUUUUUUUGUAUUUCCCAGACAUCUGAUUUGUCAUGUAUUGAAAUUAAUCUGCCUAGUUGGCGUAAAACUGUGAAAAAAGUUUAUUGAUGAAAAAUUAUUUCCAUUACAAAUUUCACUGAAAUAAAAUUUCUAAGAGCAAUCAUAUAAUUGUUUUGUUUUUAUUCUGAGAGUUUUGUGGUGUAAAGCAGAGCAUCUAUGUAAAUUCAAUGUUAUUAAAAAUGCGGACUGAAGUGAGUAUCUUCAGAAGACAUAAAACAGGCAAUACUCAUAAAAUGGCAACAGUUAAGAUAGGUUUUUGAAUGAAUCAUUCAUAUUUAUAAACAGUAUUGUAUUUCAGUAAAUAAAAGACUGUAUUUCUUCAUUUGUGCUGUUUUAAUGAAUUUAUCUGCCGAUCCUGUGGCCGAGAUCGCAAAGGCAGUAGUGCCGUAGCGAUCUCGGACCGAAGGAUCGCAGGUUCGAGUCCCGCCUCGGGCAUGGUUGUGUUGUGUUCGUCCUUUCACCCCCUAGAUUCAUAACAUCAUCCUCCAUCUCUCAUUAUCACCUUUCUGAAUAACAUUCAGAAUUGUAACUCGAGGAUUUAUCCUCACCUCAAGGUGACACACCUUCGACAGUCGACCAUGAACAGUAAGUGAAGUGGAACGACUCAAGUGGUCCAAUGUGGCCAAUCAAGU